UUCUCUUUCACUUUCCCUUCAAGUACACGAAUACCCAUCUUUCAUUUUAUCUAAUAAGUAAAAAAGGUUGUUACUUUCUGCCUUUCGAUGUCACUUGUGUGUGUUUGGGUGUAUGUGUGUUUGAAGAGCUGAAGGGCGGAGGGUUGUGAACAGAGCAGAACCCAAAGAACUCAAUAAAGUUGUUUUUGAGUGGAAAAAGGCUUUAACGAAGAGCAGGGUACCAAAAGUCGCACAGAAUCUGAAAUGGGUAUCCUUCUCUUGCCACUUUUAGCUUCUCUUCUGCUGCUGCCUCAACUCUGACUAGGGUUUUGAAUGGACUAUUUAUUGUCCUGAAAUCAAUGUUCUUUUGUUUUCUUAAUUUGACUGCCUUCUUCCCGCACACUUUUCCAGCUUUCCUUUGAAACUUUUCUUUUUACUAGUUAGUACUAUUUGUCUUGUUUCUUGCGUCCUUGGGGCUACUUUACUCUGUUUCAAUUUGUAGUACACUUCUAGUUCUUUGGUGGGUUAGCUUUGGAAAUGGUGGCAAUUCUGUUUCUUUGAUCUUUUGGUACAAAUUUUGGGCUCUGGGGGGCCUUCAAGUUCAGUGCUUUGGUGUUUUUAAGGCCAUUAAUUCAAGUGGGUCUUUCUUGUUUAGUUCUAAUAAUUGAUGUCCUUGUAGAUUGGUUAGCUAUAGAUAUAGUUGCCUUUAGGUAAUUUCCUUCUGUUUGGUGGACUGAGCUUUCGAAGGAAUAUCUUCUUACCACGGUGAAUUCUGAUGCUUCUCUUACUGUAAGUUCAAAGUUUUUAUGGUUUUGGUUUCGGUUGAAGCUUCUUUACAUAGAUAGAAGAAACUAGAGGGCAUUGUUUAAAUUCAUUUUACUAUUUCCUCUACUUCUUUCAGCCCCUUCGUCUUUAAUCUUCGGCUUAUCUUAUUGAGCCAGUAGAGAAUUCUGUACGGUUGGUUAGUUUUGAGAUUUACUUUCUAUUUCACUAGAACUCUAUAAACUAUUUAUUGAUAUUUCAAGCACAACUGUAAACUGUUAGAGAAAGGUGUUUCUGCCGGCUACUUUUGCUUAUUCUCGAAAAGGAGAGAUGGAUAUGAGUGACAAGGAUAAAUUUGAGUUAGAAGAGAGCAAUGAUAAUCCUAUCAACUACCGUUCACCUGGUGGUAUGUCCUUAGACCGGCGAUUUAACAGUACAAGUAUCCCAAAUUCAUCUCUGGGUUUGGUCCCCACUGAUAAUCAGAUGUCAGUUUGUAGAGGGGAUCUAGCAGAAGCAGUUGCUGCUUCUUGCUCUUCUGCUUCUGUGAUAGAUUCAUUUGGGCCAGCCAUGUGGGAACAUCCCACCAAUUCACAGAACUUGGUUUUUUGUGAUAUUAAUGUUCAGAAUAUUGCAAGCAGUUCAAACACGGCAGGGAUUGGAAAAGGAUUCCCUGCUUCAUUGAGAAAUGGUAUUGAUAGAACACUAGAAAUGGGGUGGAAUCCACCUAAUCCAAUGCUGAAAGGUGGAAAUUUCUUGCCAAAUGCCUCUGGGAUGCUCCCACAAAGCUUAUCACAGUUUCCUGCUGAUUCUGCAUUCAUUGAGCGCGCUGCCAGGUUUUCGUGCUUCAAUGGUGGAAAUUUUAGUGAUAUGGGGAACCCUUUUGGAGUUCCUGAGAGUAUGGGUAUUUUCUCGAGGGGCGGGGGGAUGAUGCAGGGACCAGGAGAGGUGUUCAUGGGCAGUGGGAUGAAAUCAGUAUCUGGGGGACGAGCUCCUAAGAAUGUUAUGAAUGCCGUUGAAGCUUCCAAAGAUGUUUCUAUGUCUGUUAACCAUAUGGCUACGGAAGGGAGCCCUCUCAAGAAUGAGACAAAAAGUGAGAGCCUCGCGAGAUCUCGUGAUGAAGCAAAACAAGGUAUGGGUGGGUCUGGUAAUGACUCUGAUGAAGCUGAAUUCAGUGGUGGUGGUGGUCAAGAUGAACCGUCAAUGUUGGAGGGCAACUGUAGGGAACUUUCAGCUAAGAGCCUCGGCUCAAACAAAAGAAAGAGGAACGGACAGGAUGCUGAGCUUGAUCAGGCCAAGGGAACCCCUCAAUCUGCUGAACCUGCAAAGGGUAGCCCUGAAACUCAACAGAAAGGAGACCAAAAACCAACUUCAACUACCAGCAAGGAUGCUGGUAAACAAGGUAAGCAGGGAUCUCUUGGUUCAGAUCAACCAAAAGAAGAAUAUAUUCAUGUCAGAGCUCGAAGAGGCCAGGCAACAAACAGCCAUAGUCUUGCAGAAAGAGUGAGAAGGGAAAAGAUCAGUGAAAGGAUGAAGUUUCUACAGGACCUUGUACCUGGUUGCAGCAAGGUCACAGGGAAGGCAGUGAUGCUAGAUGAAAUCAUUAACUAUGUGCAAUCACUGCAGCGGCAGGUUGAGUUUCUAUCAAUGAAACUUGCAACAGUGAAUCCGAGGCUGGAUUUGAACAUAGAAGGACUCCUUGCAAAAGAUGUGUUUGAUCCCAAGAUUCUUCAGUUGCAUGCUGUUCCUCCAUCCUCUCUGGCAUUUUCCUUGGAGAUGCCUAUGGCUUAUCCCCCAUCACAUCCAUCUCAAGCAGGACUUAUUCCCACAGCUUUUCCUGGAAUGAACAAUCACUCUGACAUAAUAUGUAGAACCAUUAAUUCCCAAUUGACACCCAUGACUGCAGGAUUCAAGGAACCUGCUCAGCUACCCAAUGUAUGGGAUGAUGAGCUCCGCAAUGUUGUCCAGAUGAGCUAUGAAACCAGUGCUCCCCACGACAGCCAAGAUGUAAAUAAGCCACUGCCACCAGGCCAUUUGAAAGUUGAGCUUUAAUUUUCUCCUUGGUCUUGAUGCGUUUUAUCCUGGCCUAUAUGCCUGUAUUAAUAUUCUCAAGGAUUAGAGAAUGGAAAAAUCACAGAUGCUUCUGGCUGAUCAGUUUGAAGCCUGGAGGUUAGUUGCAGGUCAACAGCAGGGUUUUGAGAGUUUGGAUGGCUGGCACCUGUUGUCGAGCUGGGGUUUUACCUGAUGACCGGUGAAGGAAUUCAAUACCACCCCCGCGGCCAUGCUGCUUUCGUUUGAGUAUUGUAAUCCUUGUUACCAGAAAUGCGAAAGGGAUAAUCUUGAGGGUAUGAAUUUAAAAAUGUAUAGAUUGACCUUCCAAUGAUCUCAAAAGAUAGGCCAAUGGGAAGCUCAUGUGUAAUUUACAAAACCGUGGGAAUUCCCUCAGUGACAGUAUGUAAUAUUAUUCUUUUUUCUUUUUCA